AUGCUUCAAGACAUAGGCGGUCUAGUUGAGGAUGAUUUGCUUUUCUUAAUGCCAUCGGAGGAUGGUGACGGCCAUGCUCCCAAAGGCUUUGUUACUUGCUUUCUGAAUGGUUUCAACACGUCGAAAAAGUUGAACCUCAAGCUCCGAGAUAUUCACAAGCCUGUUCCGCAAUAUAAGGAGAGGUUGGAGAAGAACAUGGAUGGAUUCUUCGAUAAGCUCAAGGUUGGCAACGUCGUCAAGCGCGCCAAUGUGUGGUUAGCCAACCUCCAGUGGACUAUUCAAAAUACAGAUCGACCUUUUAUAUCAUUUGAAAACCACCUGUAUGAAGGGGAGGACACACCCUAA